AUGGCAGCACUAUCUGGGAAGGUUGUCCAAAAUGUUUUGGUAGCAAAAUGCUGCCAGCAGAAUAGGAAAUUCAGCACCCAAUACCAAAGGGACUGUUGUGCCCCAAAUAUGCGCAGCUUGCUUCCCUUUCAAGGAGGGAAGUUGGCAUGGACUGGCUUCUUUACCAUGCGAUUGUGCACCAUGUCAAAAUUUAGCCGUGGAAUUGUUUACUGCAACGCUGCUCCUUCUACAACUGCAUUACCGUCUUUAGAAAAAGCUGAUUUUCUUAAACUUCAAAAUGGCAGUGACAUUCGAGGUGUUGCUGUUGCUGGUGUUGAAGGAGAACCUGUUAAUCUUACUGAAGCUGUUACAGAAGCAAUAGCUGCUGCCUUUGCUGCAUGGUUGCUGGAUAAAAAGAAACCUGAUGCAUUUAGACGUUUGAGAAUUUCUAUUGGCCAUGAUUCUCGAAUAUCUGCACAGAAGCUUCAGGAUGCUGUUUCUCGAGGGAUUGCUGGUGCCGGCCUGGAUGUGAUUCAAUAUGGAUUAGCAUCCACGCCAGCAAUGUUCAAUAGCACACUUACUGUAAAUGAUGAAUUUUUGUGUCCAGUUGACGGAUCCAUCAUGAUAACAGCAAGUCAUCUUCCUUACAACAGGAAUGGUUUUAAAUUCUUCACUAAUGCUGGAGGGCUUGGGAAAGCUGACAUCAAAGACAUCUUGGAGCGUGCCACAAAUAUUUACUUGAACUUUACUGCUGAAGGUUUAACGGACUCGGAAAGAAAAGCUUCUUUAUCUGUGAAAAGAGUUGAUUACAUGACUGUUUAUACAUCUAAUCUUGUAGCAGCAGUUCGUAAAGCUGCAGGAAACAUAGAGAAGCCAUUGGAGGGAUUCCAUAUAGUUGUUGAUGCAGGGAAUGGAGCAGGAGGAUUUUUUGCGGGAAAGGUGCUAGAACCUCUGGGGGCUAUUACUUCUGGCAGCCAAUUUUUGGAGCCAGAUGGUUUAUUUCCCAAUCAUAUUCCAAACCCGGAGGACAAGGCAGCAAUGAAAGCUAUUACCAAGGCUGUCCUUGAUAACAAGGCCGAUUUGGGGAUCAUCUUUGAUACUGAUGUUGACCGAUCUGCUGCUGUUGAUUCCACUGGUUGUGAGUUCAAUCGGAAUCGUCUGAUUGCUUUGAUGUCUGCUCUUGUUUUAGAGGAACAUCCAGGAACAACUAUUGUCACCGACAGCGUGACUUCAGAUGGGUUGACUACAUUUAUCGAAAAUAAACUGGGAGGGAAGCACCAUCGGUUCAAAAGAGGAUAUAAAAAUGUUAUUGAUGAAGCAAUUCGUCUGAACUCUGGUGGUGAGGAGUCACAUUUGGCUAUUGAAACCAGUGGCCAUGGAGCUCUCAAGGAGAAUCAUUGGCUUGAUGAUGGUGCAUACCUCAUGGUCAAGCUCUUAAACAAACUCGCAUCUGCUAGAGCUUCAGGAAUAGGUGGUGGCAGCAAAGUGUUGACUGACUUGGUGGAGGGUAUGGAGGAUCCAGCAGUUGCAGUGGAACUGAGACUGAAGAUUGAUCAGAAUCAUGCAGAUAUUAAAGGAGGUAAUGAAUGCUUUGGUUCUUCUAGAUCUUUCCGGGAUUAUGGAGAGGCAGUGCUAAAACAUUUGGAGAAUAUCAUUAAUUUAGAUCCAAAGCUUCAGAAAGCCCCCGUUAACUAUGAAGGCGUUAGGGUCUCUGGCUAUGGCGGGUGGUUCCUUCUUAGACUCUCACUUCAUGACCCUGUUCUUCCCCUUAACAUUGAGGCACCAGGCGAUGAGGAUGCUGUGAAACUUGGACUUGCAGUACUAGCCGCUGUAAAAGAGUUCUCAGCUGUGGAUACAUCUGCAUUGGAUAAAUUUGUUUAA